AGAACUUGACCCUGCACACACACAUACACAUACACAUACACAUACACAUAUACACACACUGGUCGAAUAAACCCUAGGAACUCCAAUCUAGAGAGAGAGUAUCAACCACCUAUGACUACACACAUCUGACCACAUUUCCUCUCACUCUCCGACCACAUGGAACACACCGGUCGUCCUUUCCACCCCACCUUAAACCCCACCGCCCCAGAAUUCCGACCAUCACACCCACCACCAUACACGUACUAUUCAUACUCACACCCUCACAACUUCAACAUUCACCGACCACCACCGGUUCAUGUUCCAGUUCAGUCUCCGGUUCAGGCUCCUCCGCCGCUGCCACCACCAUCCCCCACCCCAACUCGGACUCUACUACUAAGCUUAGUCCCGCAUGACGUCAGCGAAUCAUCAGUCCGGCGAGACUUGGAGGUCUUUGGUGACGUCAGAGCCGUACAAAUGGACCGGGUGAGAGACGGGUUAGUGACCGUACACUUUUACGAUCUCCGGCAAGCGACGGAAGCGUUGCACGAGAUUCAGGAACAACACAUGCAACAACAGUAUCGUUUACGGAAACACUUUGAUACACUCACGUUGUUCUCACCGGAAAAUUAUGCUCCCACCUCGUAUUUUUACCAUGCUAACCACUGUUCUUUUACCACACCUCCACUCCCUCCGCCGGCCCCUGGCCUCGUCGCCGGCCGGGCUGUCUGGGCUCAGUUCAUUUUCCCGGUCGCCGCCGGUUUUCCCGGCGGUCAUAACCAAGGGACACUCGUUGUUUUCAACUUGAGCUCCGAUGUCACCCCCGGAACCGUUAAAGAAAUUUUUGAAGCUUUUGGAUGUGUAAAGGAAUUGAGAGAUACUCCACUGAAAAAGAAUCAGAAGUUUGUUGAGUUUUAUGACACAAGAGAUGCAUCCAAGGCUCUUGUUAACAUAAACGGCAAGGAAAUUAACGGAAACACGGUGGUUGUCGAGUUUAGCCGGCCCGGAGGUUACAAAACCGGUCCUAAACACAGCAGAUUUAGGCACAUUAGCUCUGUCGGGUCACCCCCGAUUAUCGUUCCACGUAAAUUCCCGUCGGAAUCACGUCCUUAUCGCCCUCCGCCACCACCAUCGCCUUUGUUGAAGAAGAUUGUGAAGAAACAACAACCCGACCAACAAGGCGGGUGCUCUUGGAGUAAGCAACGCAAGGGUUCGAGAUAUACGAGAGAGAAAUAUGAUCCGAGGUAUCUAAUCAGGGGAGAUGGGGUUAUUUCUGAAUCUAGUGUUUUUGAUUCUCGAACUACGGUUAUGAUCAAGAACAUUCCGAAUAAAUACAGCCAAAAACUGUUGCUAAACAUGCUUGACAGUCAUUGUAUCCAUUGCAACGAGCAGAUAAAUCGCGAUGGUAGUGACAGCGGCGUAGAAGAGCCGCUAUCUUCCUAUGAUUUCGUCUACCUCCCUAUCGAUUUCAUGAACAAGUGCAACGUGGGAUACGGGUUCGUUAACAUGACGUCACCCGAGGCAACAAUGAGGCUUUACAAGGCGUUUCACCAUCAAAAUUGGGAGGUUUUCAACUCCAAAAAGAUAUGCGAAGUUUCAUACGCUAGAUUACAGGGACUUGACGCGUUGAAAGAGCACUUCAAGAACUCGAGGUUUCCAUGUGAUGCGGAGGAGUACAUGCCCGUUGUAUUCGACCCGCCUCGCGACGGACAAAGAUUGACUCAAACCAUACCCAUAGUUGGACGGAGUAUCCAUACACCUUCGGAUCAUGAAAGUGAAUGUAGUCUUCAUAGUAACACGACAGUUGUAGAAGAUGUGGAUUCAGAUGAUACCGCCGCUGGCACCAGUGACAGCGGUGGUGUUGAUGAAUGAUAAAAUUAAAUUUAAAUCCAGUGUGUUUUAUUAUAAAAUGUUAUCGAUAUCUGGGUUCUUGGUGAUGAGUAUUACUUUUUUUCCUUUC